GUCAGCUAUCGCGGUAUCAUCCGGUUGCUGAGGCCCGUGAAUGAAGGUCUCGCGAAAUUUGUGCUACAGGUUUAAGCUUGCCUCUCAGCUUACUCCACCCUAUCCCCAGCCCGUCCAUCCUUUCUCUUUCCAAGUCACAAAGCUCCCCCCACCCUCCUUCUAGCUUGCUGCUCUCCUCCAGUUUCCGAUUUCAGACCGGAACCGGAAGUGGGGUGGGCGGGGCCCGGCAGCGGAAAACGCCGCGGAGCCAGAGCCGGGACACGGCUGUGGCCGCUGCCCCUACCCCCGCCACGGAUCGCCAGGUGGCGGGACUGCGCGGCUCCAGGCUGAAGGUCGGUCCGGAGGCGGGUGGGCGCGGGUCUCACCCGGAUUGUCCGCGCGGCACCGUCCCCGGGCCCCCCGGGCGCCGCGAGGGAUCAUGUCUACAGCCUCCGCCGCCUCCUCCUCCUCCUCGUCUUCGGCCGGUGAGAUGAUCGAAGCCCCUUCCCAGGUCCUCAACUUUGAAGAGAUCGACUACAAGGAGAUCGAGGUGGAAGAGGUUGUUGGAAGGGGAGCCUUUGGUGUAGUUUGCAAAGCUAAGUGGAGAGCAAAAGAUGUUGCUAUUAAACAAAUAGAAAGUGAAUCUGAGAGGAAAGCUUUUAUUGUAGAGCUUCGGCAGUUAUCCCGUGUGAACCAUCCCAAUAUCGUAAAGCUAUAUGGAGCCUGCUUGAAUCCAGUGUGUCUUGUGAUGGAAUAUGCUGAAGGGGGCUCUUUAUAUAAUGUGCUGCAUGGUGCUGAACCAUUGCCGUAUUACACUGCUGCCCACGCAAUGAGUUGGUGUUUACAGUGUUCCCAAGGAGUGGCUUAUCUUCACAGCAUGCAACCCAAAGCUCUAAUUCACAGGGAUCUGAAACCACCAAACUUACUGCUGGUUGCAGGAGGGACAGUUCUAAAAAUUUGUGAUUUUGGUACAGCCUGUGACAUUCAGACACAUAUGACCAAUAACAAGGGGAGUGCUGCUUGGAUGGCGCCUGAAGUUUUUGAAGGUAGUAAUUACAGUGAAAAAUGUGAUGUCUUCAGCUGGGGUAUUAUUCUCUGGGAAGUGAUAACACGUCGGAAACCCUUUGAUGAGAUUGGUGGCCCAGCUUUCAGAAUCAUGUGGGCUGUUCAUAACGGUACUCGACCACCACUGAUCAAAAAUUUACCUAAGCCUAUUGAGAGCCUGAUGACUCGUUGUUGGUCUAAAGAUCCUUCUCAGCGCCCUUCAAUGGAGGAAAUCGUGAAGAUUAUGACUCACUUGAUGCGGUACUUUCCAGGAGCAGAUGAGCCAUUACAGUAUCCUUGUCAGUAUUCAGAUGAAGGACAGAGCAACUCUGCCACCAGUACAGGCUCAUUCAUGGACAUCGCUUCUACAAAUACCAGUAAUAAAAGUGACACUAAUAUGGAGCAAGUUCCUGCCACAAAUGAUACUAUUAAACGCUUAGAAUCAAAAUUGUUGAAAAAUCAGGCAAAGCAGCAGCAGAGUGAAUCUGGACGUUUAAGCUUGGGAGCUUCCCGUGGGAGCAGCGUGGAGAGCUUGCCCCCAACCUCUGAGGGCAAGAGGAUGAGUGCUGACAUGUCUGAAAUAGAAGCUAGGAUCGCUGCGACCACAGGCAACGGACAGCCAAGACGUAGAUCUAUCCAAGACUUGACUGUAACUGGAACAGAACCUGGUCAGGUGAGCAGUAGGUCAUCUAGUCCCAGUGUGAGAAUGAUCACUACCUCAGGACCAACCUCAGAAAAGCCAACUCGAAGUCAUCCAUGGACUCCUGAUGAUUCCACAGAUACCAAUGGAUCAGAUAACUCUAUCCCAAUGGCUUAUCUUACACUGGAUCACCAACUACAGCCUCUAGCACCGUGCCCAAACUCCAAAGAAUCUAUGGCAGUGUUUGAACAGCAUUGUAAAAUGGCACAAGAAUAUAUGAAAGUUCAAACAGAAAUUGCAUUGUUAUUACAGAGAAAGCAAGAACUAGUUGCAGAACUGGACCAGGAUGAAAAGGACCAGCAAAAUACAUCUCGGCUGGUACAGGAACAUAAAAAGCUUUUAGAUGAAAACAAAAGCCUUUCUACUUACUACCAGCAAUGCAAAAAACAACUAGAGGUCAUCAGAAGUCAGCAGCAAAAACGACAAGGCACUUCAUGAUUCUCUGGGACCGUUACAUUUUAAAAUAUGCAAAGAAAGACUUUUUUUUUAAGGAAAGAAAAACGCUUAUAUUGACAAUUCAUGAGUGUUAGCUUUUUGGCGUGUUCUGAAUGCCGACUGCCUAUAUUUGCUGCAUUUGUUUCAUUGUUUGUUUUCCUUUUCUCACGGUGGACAUGCAGUUUUACUCUCAUUGCAUAACAUGGUGGCAUCUGUGACUUGAAUAAGCAGCAGUUCCCAGUUUCAAACCAGAUGCAAUGAACUGUGGCCAUAUAUGCAUGCUCAUUGUAUGAAGGCUAACCUAACAACAGGGGGUAUCAAACUAGCUGCUAAAUGCAAACAUCAUCCUUUUUUCCAUGUUGGAGGUGGAACCUCAAGAAUGAUUUUAUUCUUGUAUCUCAUCUCAAAUUACUAAUAAUUUUUUCCCAAAAGAUGGUAUAUACCACGUUAAAGACAGGGUAUUAUAAGUCUAGAGUAAUUGGUGGUACCUUACAAUAAUAUAGAACCUUUAGGAAUAAGGUGAGGAUUUUGAUGCCAGCAUCCUUAGAUCAGUACUGAACUUAAUUCCAUCUAUAAAAUAUUUGAAGGUAAGUGGGGGCUGCUGUAUUCAAUGAAGCAAUUUACCAGAUUUCAUUAGACUAAAAUUUAAUCAUGAUACCUUGAACAAAAUGAAACUCUUUUUUUUAAAACAGGAGUCAAGAUUUUUAAUUCUAUGGUUGUGUAUAUGUGUGUUGAAACUGUAAAGCUUUUAUGACUAAUAUUAAUAUUUCAAAUGAAAUUAAAAUGCAAAAGAAAAGAAAUUCAGCUUAAAUGAUCAUUUCUUCCUAUAAUGAUGAUUGGAUUAUUUUAUCAUGUAUUUGAAAAAGCUGAAGAGAAAUAAUGGAAAGUAGAAAUAAUUGCUCAGGCUAAAAGGAAUGGGCUUAGAUUUCUUUUUAUGAUACCAAAUGAGGAAUAAACCAGGCAAAUCAGAAGUUAGUAAGGAAGUUAAAGAAGUAAUAAAUUCAUCAAGUAUCCUAAUUAUCCUGGAUAUUGGAAUAAUUUGUUUUUCUUUCAAGCCCAUUCUAGAAUGCCUGCUGCCUUUCACCACUUUUAAGAGAAUUUCAACACUUAUAAAGAGAGUAUUUAUAUUGUUAACAAUAAUUUUGCUACCAACCUUCAAAAUAACUUAAAAGUAAUAAUAAAACAUCAUUGAAGUAAUGGACUAUACAAGCUCUAUUUUUUCAGUUGGAAUUAAAAUAAGUCACAGUUUGUUACCAAUACAAGGUGUCUUUUCAAUAAGGAUGUCAUCAGUCUGGUUUUUAUAGCAUUAAUGUUUUAUGAAGAGAAAAUUUUAAAUGAAAGCAUAAUUGCUGUGAUUAGAAUUCUAUCAUGAUUGUAUUGUAGUCUUUGCUCUAUUUCAAAUAAUAAGUUGAAGUUAUCAAAACUAUUCUUAAAAAUGCUGAAGCAGGUAACUUUUUUUUCCAUUAUUUUUUCCUCCUCCCACUGAGUUUUAUAAUGUAUGCAAGCAAUAAAGGUAAAGAACAGUUUGUACUAAACUGUGUCAUUUUUAACUUCUUCCAAAUCAAUUAUUAGAAAGCUUCUGGGAACUAAAUGCUUCUAUCACUUAAUUUAAACAAAAGUAGGGUCAUUCCUAAGUAACUUGAUCACCUAGCUGAAACUGAUAUUGGGCUCAACAUAGUAAUAGUCAAAUAAAAUUGGCAGAGAUAAUAACUGUAGACUAAGGAAAAACGUAACUUAUCAGUAGCAUUGCUGCUCAUAUGUACAAUCUGUCACUCCACCUAAAGGGACCUAGUAACUGUAAGAGACUUUUCUAAUUAUCUCAGAGCACAAGAUAUCCAAGUGUGAAGGCUUGACAUUUCCAUUAGGAUUUAGCAUUGGAGAUUUCAGGUUUUAUUUCUAGUCAUUGAUGUAUUAUUGUUAUUACAUGCAGUCACUUCAUAAAAAUAUCCAGAUAGGUAAAUGGAAGAAAAUAGUAGAUUCUAGUCAUGGUACCAAAUCCACUCGGCUGUUGAACAGUUGCUUGUUUGUUUACAGUAAGUUCCUUGGGAUUUUCAGUACUGUAGUUGUCCUGGACAUUGAGUACAGUUCAGCCUUGCUCUGUAUUUAAGUAGUUGUGUUGCCAGUCUUAUACUUUUAAGUCCUGAUGAUCCCUGGAGAUGGGAGAAAAAGAUACCAGGGAUAAUUAAAAUUCACAGCCCGUUUUAUCCGUGUCCUCAUCCAUCAAACCUUCAAAUAAAAAGGUUAACAAGGAGCCAAACUUUUUAUUAAUUCUGGCUUUAUGAUUUAUUCGAACCCUCAUUUUUUGGGUGGAAAUAGCAAACAGACAAGUGAGUGGCUAAAAUGCACCAGUCUAAGAAAUUUGCAGACAGUCUCUGAAUAAGUCCUAAUUACAUUUUAUUCUUGCCUCCAGGGAAAGAAGGCAAAGCUUUUAUCUAAUCUGGAGGGAAAUAUUCCUCAGCAAUAAAAAAUCACUUUUUUGAGUUGAAUAAAAAUCAAUUAAAAAUAUUUACCAUAUAGCAAUAGCAUAUUGAAAAAAUUUGUUAAAAGUUGUUUGCAAAUGUUUGACUAUUUUUGCUGAAGUAUUUUAGCGUGUUGAAUGUCUGCUCUCUUCAAGUUUUUUCCAUGUUCCUAAUUUCAGCUCCUGCCAGUAGCCAGAGAUCACAGGACUUCCCUAUGAAAUUGUUGUUUCUUUCUAUAAAUGUGUGUAUUUUUCAGCACCCAACUCCUCUCUUCAAAUGGUAGUAAGUUCUACUUCUGUCAUUCGGAACAUUUUAUGUAAAAUGAUGUAAUACAGAAAUUUUUGUGCAUACUGUGUAAUUGAAGGAAGCUUUUUAGAUUUAUUUUUGUUUUUAAUAAAAUUCAGAUUGUUAUUCUAAACUGG